AUGUCUUCCUCCAAAAUAACUCAACACUUUCGUGGGACCAUUUUUCUAACUCCCUUCGUUAACCGUCGAGUACGACUCCUUCAGUCGCCGAGUCUUAUGUUGAGGAACUUGAGACCUUAUGCAACUCCUCACCCUCCCCCCACACGUCUCCCAAGAGUCUACAUUACUGCUAUAUCGGCAAAUAUAGUUGUAAUCGGCCAUAUUGGUCUUAUAUCAAUGGACCUUCUACAUGCUUGGUACCGAAACGGACGUAAAAAACGUCUUCUCAACGAAACAAAUGCCUUAAAAGAAUUUUUCUACCCUAUGAAGAAAACUACGCUGACAAGGAUUACAUCGAGUGGAAUUGGGCAUGGAGUUAUAUACGUUAAUGUUCCAGAAAACUUGAUAAGUUUGGUGACGAAUUUGGAAGUGACCUUAAUUUUACAUUCGAGGAACAGAUUUCUUUUACAGGACAACUUGCACAAAAAUCUUGGUACAACCAAAAAUGAAUUAAAGGAUCCCAAGUGGGUAAGAGCUAUGGAUGCCUUUAAUCGUGCUUCUGCUGUAUACAAAAAGAAAUACGGAAAACCACCGGCUAUUGUUUAUGACAACAUCAGUCAAAUAGUUAACGAGAAUCCAAAAAUUCUUGAUGUUCUUCAAGAUGACGCUAAAAAGAAUGCCGAUGGCAGAAAGUACAUCGCAGUGUUUGUCAGUAGCGAAGGAAGUGAGAAAUCAAUGGAUUAUCAAGUCAAUAAGUGUGGGAUCAAGACCGUAAAAGGAGACAGGAUCAAUACCACAGAAGCAGAGAAAUUAUACGAAUUAGUUGAUAAUUUCCUUCUUACUAAACAGUCCUUUGAAGAUCAAUCAUAUUACGAAGCAGGAAAGGGUGCUAUCAAGGCUUUGUUGGAUUCCAAUCAAGAAAUCGACUAUAUGUCAUUUCAGAAAUUUUUUAAUAAUCAUGAGGAAGCUAAUGAAGUCUUGGAUACCAAUAUAUAG